CGCCAGCCCCGCGCCCCCGGCUGCCCUCCGCGCUUCUCUCGGCUCCGCGCCCGCCCCUGCGGCCCCUCCGCCCAAUGAAACUGGCCGCGAUGAUCAAGAAGAUGUGCCCGAGCGACUCGGAGCUGAGUAUCCCGGCCAAGAACUGCUACCGCAUGGUCAUCCUCGGCUCGUCCAAGGUGGGCAAGACGGCCAUCGUGUCGCGCUUCCUCACGGGCCGCUUCGAGGACGCCUACACGCCCACCAUCGAGGACUUCCACCGCAAGUUCUACUCCAUCCGCGGCGAGGUCUACCAGCUCGACAUCCUCGACACGUCCGGCAACCAUCCGUUCCCCGCCAUGCGGCGCCUCUCCAUCCUCACUGGAGACGUUUUCAUCCUGGUGUUCAGCCUGGACAACCGCGACUCCUUCGAGGAGGUGCAGAGGCUCAAGCAGCAGAUCCUGGACACCAAGUCUUGCCUCAAGAACAAAACCAAGGAGAACGUGGACGUGCCGCUGGUCAUCUGCGGCAACAAGGGGGACCGGGACUUCUACCGCGAGGUGGAGCAGCGCGAGAUCGAGCGGCUGGUGGGCGACGACCCCCAGCGCUGCGCCUACUUCGAGAUCUCGGCCAAGAAGAACAGCAGCCUGGACCAGAUGUUCCGGGCGCUCUUCGCCAUGGCCAAGCUGCCCAGCGAGAUGAGCCCGGACCUGCACCGCAAGGUGUCCGUGCAGUACUGCGACGUGCUGCACAAGAAGGCGCUGCGGAACAAGAAGCUGCUGCGAGCCGGCAGCGGCGGCGGGGACCCCGGCGACGCCUUCGGCAUCGUGGCGCCCUUCGCGCGCCGGCCCAGCGUGCACAGCGACCUCAUGUACAUCCGCGAGAAGGCCAGCGGCGGCGGCCAGGCCAAGGACAAGGAGCGCUGCGUCAUCAGCUAGGAGCUCCCCCCCAACCCCAACCCCCCCCCUCCGCGCGCCGGCGACAGAACCUAAGGAGGACCUUUUUGUUGAAAAGUCACGUCUGACGUCCGGGCCGGCUCCGGGCCGCGUGCGCGCGGACUGGCGUCUUCCUUACCCGCGCCCCGCGCCCGCGCGCACCCGGGAGGCGCAAACGACGAAGGGACAGUCAUCUGCUCUGGAAGGAAAGAGAACUGGCUCAGACCGGGACUACCCCCCAUCCCCACCUCCCGUCCCCCAUGGGCCCUGCCACCCCCACGGGUUGGGGGCACAGGCCCCGGCAGAGGGGUAAUUUGUCUUGUUUCUGACAAAGACAAGAAUGGGGG